CGGCUGCGAAUGGGGCGGGCUAGGCGCGCGCUGCCCGAUGGCAGCUGCCUGGGGGCGCCGAUGGCCUCAUCCUUAAAGCCGAUGGCCCCCGCGAAGAGGACGCACUCGACGGCGGGACCCUCCUCCAGCAGGCUGCGGCCAAGCGCACGCAGCUCGACAGCAAUACUCCGCAGGGACUUACGACGAGCGGAGCCGGAGCUGGGGAGCCCCGAAGGCUGGCGCGGAGGCGAGGCGAGGACAGCCGACGGCUCUUUCUGGGCGCACGGACACCGCGCGCUGCCGAUGGAGUUCAACUUGCUCACUGACUCAGAGGCCCACAGUCCCAAUCUCUCCCUCUCAGAGUCGGGGACACCACAACAUGAGCACAACUGCAAGGGGCAAGAGCACAGCGACACAGAAAAGUCACAGCAGAACCAGACCGAUGACUCCAAUCCUGAGGAUGGCUCCUUGAAAAAGAAGCAGCGCAGGCAGAGAACUCACUUCACCAGCCAACAACUCCAGGAGCUGGAAGCCACUUUCCAGAGGAACCGCUAUCCGGACAUGAGCACCCGGGAGGAAAUUGCUGUCUGGACCAACUUGACUGAAGCCAGAGUCCGGGUGUGGUUUAAGAACCGCAGGGCCAAGUGGAGGAAGCGGGAAAGGAACCAACAGGCCGAACUCUGCAAGAACAGCUUUGGAGCCCAGUUCAAUGGACUGAUGCAGCCUUACGACGACAUGUACAGCGGCUAUUCGUACAACAGCUGGGCCACCAAAGGCCUUGCCACCAGCACCCUGUCGGCAAAGAGCUUCCCCUUCUUCAACUCGAUGAACGUCAGCCCCCUCUCGUCGCAGCCCAUGUUCUCCACACCUAGCUCCAUCGGCUCCAUGCCCAUGCCUUCAUCCAUGGUAGCUCCCUCCACAGUGACUGGCGUGCCAGGCCCCAGCCUCAACAACCUCAACAGCCCCGGCCUUAACUCUGCCGUUUCAUCCAGUACCUGCCCAUACGCUUCCCCAGCUAGCCCAUACACGUACCGGGACACAUGCAACUCCAGCCUGGCUAGCCUGAGGUUGAAGGCCAAACAGCAUGCCAACUUCACCUAUCCGGCAGUGCAGACAGCAGCCUCCAGCCUCAGCCCUUGCCAGUACGCUGUGGAUAGGCCAGUAUGAAGGCUUACGACCCUUCCCAACCCACCUACCCAACCCCAAUAAUCAGGAACUUGGCCAUUAGCCUGACAGCCACACCCAGACCGACCAAAUUCCAGGAAGAUGUGCUUCAUUAUGACCAUGCUAUUAUAAACUUUCCAACUUCUCUCUUUUGUUUUUGGUGAAAGUAAACACAACCGCUCAUCGAAAGCCCAUUUGGGAAAGAGGACUUUCCUGCCAGGCUCUGAGGUCAUUGUCAAUCCGGCGCUGUAAUGCGAUAGCUCUCAGCUUGCUCCUGCUCCGGUCCGAGAACAGGCAACCCGUUCAAGCAACAAUACGGAGAGAGAGGGAGACCCAGGAAAGUGGGGGG